GAGUCACCCCGCCCCCGAGUAGUCGUCGGGACGCCACGGGCCCGGGUGAUUGUGGGUUCGCCCCGGCCCCGGAUGAUCGUCUCAUCCCCGUGGCCCGCCGUGGUCGUAGCGUCCCCGAGGCCGCGGGCUCCCGUAGGCUCCCCGUGGCCCAGAGUUAUAGUCGGGACACCCCGGUCGCGGGUGAUUGUCGGGUCUCCACGGGCCCAGGUCGCUGGGACGGAUCAGGUCCCCGCGCCUUCUCGGGGCUCCCCGCAAGGUCGCAGGCGAGAUGAACAUUCUGGCUCCGGUGCGGAGGGACCGCGUCCUGGCGGAGCUGCCCCAGUGCCUGAGGAAGGAGGCCGCUUUGCACGUGCACAAAGACUUCCAUCCCCGCGUCAUCUGCGCCUGCCAGGAGCACCGGACAGGCACCGUGGGAUUUAAGAUCUCCAAAGUCAUUGUGGUGGGGGACCUGUCAGUGGGCAAGACUUGUCUCAUCAACAGGUUCUGCAAAGACACUUUUGAUAAGAAUUACAAGGCCACCAUUGGAGUGGACUUUGAGAUGGAACGAUUUGAAGUGUUGGGCAUCCCCUUCAGUCUGCAGCUCUGGGAUACUGCUGGACAGGAGAGGUUCAAGUGCAUUGCAUCAACCUAUUACCGAGGAGCUCAAGCCAUCAUCAUUGUCUUCAACCUGAAUGAUGUGGCCUCCUUGGAACAUACCAAACAGUGGCUAGCCGAUGCCCUCAAGGAGAAUGACCCGUCCAGUGUGCUGCUCUUCCUUGUGGGUUCCAAGAAGGACUUGAGUACUCCCGCUCAGUAUGUACUGAUGGAGAAAGACGCACUCAAGGUGGCCCAAGAGAUGAAGGCUGAGUACUGGGCGGUCUCAUCUCUCACUGGUGAAAAUGUUCGGGAAUUCUUCUUCCGUGUGGCAGCGCUGACCUUUGAGGCCAAUGUGCUGGCUGAGCUAGAGAAAUCAGGGGCCCGGCGCAUUGGGGAUGUUGUCCGUGAGUGCCUGCCUGCCUGGCUGGGGGGCUGGCAGAGAGCGUGGGGCACCUCUGAUCCCUGCUUCAUGUAUUUCCCGCUCUUCUUGAAGGCAUCCACAGUGAUGACAGCAACCUCUACCUAACUGCCAGCAAGAAGAAGCCCACGUGUUGCCCAUGAGCGGUAAGGGGACUGUCCAGCACCUGCCCAGCCCUGGGGCACUGUGCCACCUUGACUCCCCUAGAGCUCAACCCUGGACAUUUGCACUGAUUGUUUUUCCAGACCAAAGAGCUGCCUCUUGAUGGCAGUACCCCUGGAGGGGUAACAGGGACCAUGCUAGUUGCUCCCUGCCCUGGGCACCAUGCCAAAGACUAGAUGUCCCCCUCCUCUGGGGGCUCUCCAGGGUGCCCAGCAGUGGGGAGGUAAUCCCUGCUGCUUUUGCUUAGCCUGCUGGGCCCUUUGGAGUAGGAGGAUGCUUAAUGAUCCCAGCCUCACACUGUGCCUUAUGCAUUAAAAUCUCUGUUUUUA